UUGCAAAGAAUCGUAAAAAGAAAACUGAAAAAUCAUCGACUCUCCUUUCUUACGAAUCCAAACACGAAAAAUAAAAGCAUUUUCUCUUCCUUUUUGCAGAGAGAAAGAUAAAGAAAAAAGAUCUUUUUUCAAAAAAGAUUUUGGGUUAGGGGAAAUUGAGAGAGAAAGAGAAAGAUGAAGAUCACGGCGUUAUUGGUGUUGAAGUGCAUGCCGGAAGGAGCCGAUCCGAUAAUACUAGCCAAUGCUUGCGAUGUGAGCCAUUUCGGUUUCUUCCAAAGGUCAAGCGUUCGGGAGUUUAUCGUCUUUGUUUCUCGAACCGUCGCCAAACGAACCCCUCCCGGUCAGCGCCAGUCCGUCCAGCACGAAGAGUACAAGGUACAUUCUUACAACAGAAAUGGACUUUGUGUAAUUGGAUUUAUGGAUGAUCACUACCCUGUUCGAAGUGCUUUUUCGCUUCUCAACCAGGUGAUAGAUGAAUAUCAGAAAAACUUUGGGGAAUCAUGGAGAACUGCACAAGCUGAUAGCACUGAACCUUGGCCCUAUUUGGAUAAUGCUUUGACCAAAUAUCAGGAUCCUGCAGAGGCAGAUAAAUUAUUGAAAAUUCAGAGGGAGUUGGAUGAAACUAAAAUCAUCCUUCAUCAAACUAUUGAUAGUGUGCUUGCACGAGGUGAGAAGCUGGACAGUUUAGUUGAGAAGAGUUCAGAUCUGAGUGCGGCAUCUCAGAUGUUCUACAGUCAGGCUAAGAAAACCAAUCAAUGUUGUAGUAUACUGUAAACCUUGUAGAGAAAAACAGCUAUGCAGCGAUGGUAGCAUCUGAAGCUGGUGGUAACUGUUAUUUGUUUAUAUGGUUUAUUCCUUAUUACUUGUAGGGUGUGAUAGGAGAAAUAGCCAAAUUUUAUGUCCUGUUUUUCCUGCAGUUCUUAUGUUGUGAUGAUACAACAUAACUUUGCUUCUAAUAAAAAUAUGAAGGGGUUGGCGA